ACCAGAGCCCCCUGCAUACAUACAAGCCCAACAACACAGCCCCAGCCCCAGAACCAGCCCCACAGCCCAACCACACAGCCCCACAGCCCCAGAACCCAACGACACACAGCCACACAGCCCCAGCCCAACCACACAGCCCCAAGCCCCAGAACCCAGCCCACACAGCAACCAACCACAGUCCCACAGCCCCAGAACCAACCCACCACAGCCCACAGCCCGAGAACCCAGCCCCACAGCCCAACCACACAGUCCACAGCCCCAGAACCCAAACACAACGCCCACACAGCCCAGAACCCAACACACGCAGCCCACAGCCCCAGAACCAGCCACAGCCCACCACACAGUCCCACAGCCCCAGAACCCAACCCCACAGCACCACAGCCCCAGAACCAGCCCACAGCCCCAGACCCAACCCCACAGCCACAGCCCCAGAACCCAACCCACAGCUCAGACCCACCAAGACCACAGCCCAAACCAACCCCACAGCCCCAGACCCAACCCCACAGCCAGAACCCACACCCCACGACCAGAACCCAACCCCCAGCUCAGGACCCAACCCCACAGCACCAGAACCAACCCCCAGCCUCACGGACCACCCCACAGCACCAGAACCAACCCCAGCCUCAGGACCCAACCCACUGCACCAGAACCCAACCCCCAGCCUCAGGACCCAACCCACACACAGAACAACCCACAGCCUCAGGACCAACCACAGCCCCACACCCAGAAUCCAACCCACAGCUCCCCUCGCUAACCGACCACCCAACAUUGUACCUGUCAAACAGCAGCAAAGAGGACAUAUCUACCCAGGACACCGGAACCAGAACGCCAUGUCCCACCGGAGCUCUGUCUCUCCUACCGCUACAUCCAGAUCCAUCAGGAAGAUCACCAUCUCUGGGAGCCCAGAGAAGGAGGACAGCACCUGA